AUGACCCACAGAGCAAAACCAGUGAUGGGUGGUGAUGCACCGUUUUCCACCGUGACAACUGAGGGAAGACUGAAUUCGGAGGAGCACGAGGUGAAUAACAUAAAGCACGAGAUGAAUGACACAAAGCAAGAAGUGAAUAACACAAGGCAAGAAGUGAAUAACACAAGGCAAGAAGUGAAUAACACAAGGCAAGAGGGAGACAUUACUGGACAAUAUAUAGGACCACUUCAAGCACCCCCAACCAGCUACAAACAGCGGCGUGAGGAGUUUAGAAAGACAUUCAAAGAACUGGUUGAGUCAGAAAGACUGAUAGUGGAUUACGCAUGUGCGCUACAGAAGGACAUUCUUUUGCACGGACGUCUCUACCUCACAGAGAGCUAUCUCUGUUUCUACAGUAAUAUUUUUUGGGUAACAAAGAUUAUGGUGAAGCUGAGAGAUAUUGCAUCCAUGUCAAGAGAGAAAACAGCACGAUGGAUACCAAAUGCCAUUCAGAUCUACACAAACACAGAGAAGAUGUUCUUCACAUCAUUUUCUGCAAGAGAGAGAAGUUUCCAGAGCAUCUUUCGCUUAUGGCAGAACUUACUGAUGGAGAAGCAACUGACCAGACACGAGUUGUUGCAGAUGGUCAAACAGCAUUAUGGCAAUGACUUAGGUCUAAGCCAUGAGGAGAUGGAGAGUUUACAGGGUUCGGCAGAUACAGUUGUACAUUCCCAGCCCAGUUUAAAUAUGAAGGGAGAGGAUCACAGCAGACGACUGGAGAGGCCUUCCUCUCUGCGUCUUCCUCACACUGAACAGGCUUCGCAGGAGAUGUCUACGCCACAAGGGGAUGACACCCAGUCGUCCAUUGUUCAGCAGAGCACUCCCUCUGCAAAUGGGGAAGAUUCUCGGAGCACGCCGUCAUGCCAUCGCAGUCCUGCCCUGCCUCUGCACCGCUUUGCCCCUGAGCGAACGUCCAAGUGCUCGUCUCUGUCCUUAGAUCUCAAUGCCAACGAAAGCCGCCUCUCAGACAGUAGCCUCUCUGGUAGCAUGGAGGAGGUGGAACGGGAAUGUGCAUCCCGGGGGUCCCAGGGAAGGCUCUAUGUAAACAGAGUCUUCCGUAUCAGGGCUGAGAAAAUGUUCGAGCUGCUGUUCACCGACUCUUAUUUUUUCCGGCGGUUUAUGGAUGUCAGGAAGAUCACAGGAUGCACCUCUACUUCUUGGCAGAGAGAGACCUCUGGCUCUAUGAAAAGGAGUCGAAAUUAUACCAUCACUAUCAAUAACCCACUAGUGGGCAAAUUUUCCACCGCUACAGAAAAUCAGACCCUGUAUAAGGAGUCGAGGGAGGGUCACUACUACAUAGUGGAUGCUGAGGUGUACACACAUGACGUGCCGUACCACGACUACUUCUACACUGUGAACCGCUACUGCAUCAUCCGCACAUCCAAGCACAAGUGUAGGCUUCGGAUUUACACUGAUGUGAAGUACAAUAAGCAGCCAUGGGGCUUUGUGAAGUCUUUUAUCACCAAGAACUCCUGGAGUGGCCUAGAGGACUACUUCAGACAUCUUGAGGCGGAGCUUCUUGAAGAGGAGGUGGAGCUGACUCAGGGUUCUGGAGAUGGCGGUAAGGGGGGUUUACGCAGACGACGACGGACCUUCAGUCGCACACUGCAAGACCAUGCAAGACCCAGUAGGCAGUACAGUGCAGAUCUGGAGCAGCGCAGGGACAGCACCAUGGGUGCAGUAAAUAUAAAGAGUGCACAAAGUUGGAACAUCACAUCCAUUAUCGCUGGAAUGAGUUUAAUCCUUCUGAUUCUGACUGUACUGAACCUGGGGCUGUUCUUUAAGCUCUGGGCCAUGGAAGACGUGGCCCACCGCAUGUACCUCAGCACCAAGCAGCGCAUGCGGGAGAGAGCUGAGGCCAGUUUGGCACCUGACCUGGGCCCCAGACAGUCUGUGCUCCACCAGAGUCAUGACGAAGCACGCUUAUUGAGGGCAGUGCUGCAAGACUCCAUCAACCUGCUAGAACAGCUUCGCAGCUCUCUGCUGGAACUACAACGCAGCUUCCUGGGACGGAACAAGACCUCCAGCCACCUGUGAGUGCCAUGCUGCCGGGCGACAAGAGGAUGGGGAGGCUGCUCCACAGGGCCUGCCCACGUCAAAGAGCGUUGCCAUAGCCAUGGUUGCUCCAGUAACACCCGUUUGCCAUUGGCUGUUGCCUCUUCAGGCUUGUUGUGGUGUCAGGUGGCUGAAUGUUUUGAACCUUUGUGCUGGGAUGUCUGGUGCAGGGUAUUACGCAGACCCUAAGAGUCCUCAGCUCAGGGUACACUUACACGGGUUGCCUUUUUUCCACUUUUGAUUAUGGUGUGAAUUAUUUUUACAGUUGCCUGCCUUAAUUAUACAGCAUCCCGUUUCAGCCUGUUGGUGUGCAUAGUUGUUGAGUGAUUUUUGUUCAACACUACAGACUCUCCCUGCCACCUUGCGUAAGGUACGAGUGUGCGCAAGAAACAGUAAUUAAUGUUGGAAUAUCCCGUUAUAGCACUGCUAACCAGUGCAUGACGAAGAACUUGAAAGGCCUUUUUUUUUACCAUGUUGGUAAAUUUGUCACUCGCUAAAAAUUCACUUAGUUUCCAAAUGUUUUGUUAAUCAUUGCACCAUUGAAUACUUGUCUGGGAAAUUAUUGCUACUGAGAGAAUAUGUAUUUUGGAUGGUUGUGAAUUAUUCUUCGGAUAUAUGCAUUUUAGUUUCUGCACCCUUCUGUGGUAUUUUUUAAAUAAAGGUUUUAAUGUUAUUUUAUGUUCA